AAACAAAAUCCAUUUUUUUCAUCUUAAUUUCUGCUACUGAGUAUCGAUAUUUCAUUUUCUUUAAUUUGAGGGAGCUUUGGGAUUUGAGUUGGAGGAAACUCAAGAAAGUUGUGUUUUUGGAUUGUGGGUACUUGAGUUUUUGUUGGAAGGAGAAAAUGAGUGACCAGAAGAAAAAUUUUCGGUUAGAAGAGUUCAAGCACCGGGAAGGCAUUGAUCCUGACAAGACAUGGACCAUGUUGGAACAUGCAAUCCAUGAGAUAUACAAUCAAAAUAUCAGUGGUCUCAGUUAUGAAGUGCUUUACAGAAAUGCAUAUAAUAUGGUUCUCCACAAAUUUGGUGACAAGCUAUACUCAGGGCUGGUUGAAACCAUGACUGCUCGUCUCAAAGAGAUAGCUAGAUCUCUUGAAGCCACUCAAGGAGGUUCUUUUCUGGAAGAAAUGAACAAGAAAUGGAAUGACCAUAAUAAGGCCUUAAAAAUGAUUAGAGAAAUUAUGAUGUACAUGGAUAGGAUUUACAUCCCACAUGCUGGGAAAACCCCUGUUGAUCAACUUGGCUUGAACCUGUGGAGAGAAAAUGUUAUAUAUUCAAAUCAGAUAAGCACCCGACUGUUGAAUGCACUUUUGGAAUUGGUGUACGGUGAACGUACAGGUGAAGUUAUUAACAGAGGAUUGUUUAGAAAUAUAACAAAGAUGUUAAUGGAUUUAGGUCCUUCUGUUUAUGGGCAAGAAUUUGAGACUCAAUUUCUUCUAGUUUCAGCUGAGUUCUACCAAGCAGAAUCCCAGAAGUUAAUUGAGUGUUGUGCUUGUGGGGAUUUUCUGAAGAUAGCUGAGAGCCGCAUGAAACAGGAAAUCGAUAGAGUGAGCUAUUACUUGGAUCCCAUGACUGAAAAGAAAAUAACUAAUGUGGUAGAGAAGGUGAUGAUUGAAAAUAACCUGCUUAUAUUAAUACAUAUGGAUUCUGGGUUGGUAAGCAUGCUUUGUAAUGAUAAAUAUGAAGAUUUGGGUAGAAUGUAUAAAUUGUUCCGUCGUGUUGCUAACGGUCUCUUCAAAAUAUAUGAAGUGAUGACUUCACACAUCAAAGAGUCUGGUAAACAGCUUGUCAUGGAUCGUGACAGGUUGAAGGAUCCUGUUGAAUUUGUGGAGAGGCUCUUAGAUGAAAAAGAGAAGUAUGAAAAGAUUAUAAAUUUGGCAUUUAAUAAGGAUAAGUUUUUCCAGAAUGCUUUGAAAUCCUCAUUUGAAUAUUUCAUCAACUUGAAUCCCCAUUCUCCAGAGUUCAUUUCACUAUUUGUAGAUGCAAUGCUGCGGCAAGGUCUCAAGGGGGUAAGUGAGGAUGAUAUAGAGAUUACUCUUGACAAGGUGAUGAUGUUAUUCCGGUACUUGCAAGAAAAAGAUGAGUUUGAGAGUUAUUACAAACGGCAUCUGGCAAAGCGGCUUUUGUAUGGAAAAACAGUUUCUGAUGAUGUAGAAAGAAGUUUCAUAGUUAAGCUCAGGACUGAAUGUGGUUAUCAAUUCACCUCUAAAUUAGAGGGCAUGUUUACAGACAUGAAAACCUCCCGAGACACAAUGCAGGGCUUUUAUACCAGCCACCCCAAGUUAAGAGAUGGUCCCACGCUUACUGUGCAGGUUUUGACAGCGGAGGUAUGGCCUACUCAAUCUAUUGUUACAUGCAACCUGCCAGCUGAAAUGUCUGAGCUUUGUGAGAAGUUCCAAUCAUAUUACCUCGGCAUGCAUAUGGGCAGGAAAUUGUCCUGGCAAACUGAUAUGGGCACAGCAGACUUAAAAGCCACCUUUGGUAAAGGUCAGAAACAUCAGUUAAAUGUCUCCACUUACCAAAUGUGUGUCCUCAUGCUCUUUAACAAUGCUGAUAGACUAAGCUACAAGGAAAUUGAGCAAGCAACUAAGAUUCCCUCUUCGAAUCUGAAGAGUUGCCUGCAAUCAUUGGCUUUGGUUAAGAAAAGAAAUGUACUUAGAAAGGAGCCUAUGAGUAAAGAUGUAGGUGAGGAUGAUGCUUUCUUUGUUAAUGACAAGUUCAGAAGCAAACUAUACAAGGUAAAAAUAGGAACUGUAGUUGCACAAAAGGAAUCAGAACCUGAGAAACUGGAAACUCGAAAACGAGUGGAGGAAGACCGGAAGCCGCUGAUUGAGGCUACCAUAGUAAGGAUCAUGAAAUCAAGGAAGCUACUUGAUCAUAACAAUCUCGUAGCUGAGGUCACAAAGCAGUUGCAGUCACGGUUCCUCCCAAAUCCAACAGCUGUAAAGAAACAUAUUGAGUCUCUCAUUGAGAGGGAAUUUUUGGAAAGAGAUGCUAGAGACAGGAAGAUGUAUAGAUAUCUUUACUAG